UUCAUGUGCAGGUGGCGCACAUCCUGGUCAACAUCCAGGAGAAAAAAACAACAACAUGCAAUAUCAAUAGCCUGCGUUGUGUCCUUGUGAAAGAAGAGUCGCUCCUGGACUUCGACAUCUCGUUAUUGAGUAGCGAAGCUGACCGAGCGGCUGUUCAGCGGAGGAAAGGCCUCCAGCUCGGCCCCCUGCUGUAUGUCGAGUGGCGGGUAUUUGCUCGGCGGCCAAGCGUUAUCAUGAGUUUCUUCAGCUUUGGACAAAGUGCAGAAGUGGACGUGGUGCUGAGCGACGCAGAGACGAGGAAGAAAGCUGAGCACAAGACGGAAGAUGGCAAGAAGGACAAGUACUUUCUGUUCUACGAUGGAGAGACUGUCAGCGGGAAGGUGAACGUGACUCUGAAGAGCCCGGGGAAAAGGCUGGAGCACCAGGGAAUCAAAAUCGAAUUCGUCGGUCAAAUAGAGCUGUAUUACGACAGAGGAAACCACCAUGAGUUUGUGUCGCUGGUCAAAGACCUGGCAAGACCUGGAGAAAUAACUCAGUCGCAGACCUUUGACUUCGAGUUCACUCACGUGGAGAAACCUUACGAAUCGUACACUGGCCAGAACGUCAAACUCAGAUACUUCCUGCGUGCCACCGUGAUCAGGAGACUCAAUGACAUCAGCAAAGAGCUGGACAUCGUGGUCCACACCCUCAGCACCUACCCCGAGCUCAACUCCUCCAUCAAGAUGGAAGUUGGAAUUGAAGAUUGUCUCCAUAUUGAGUUUGAGUACAACAAAUCCAAGUACCAUCUGAAGGACGUCAUCGUGGGGAAGAUCUACUUCCUGCUGGUGAGGAUUAAGAUCAAGCACAUGGAGAUCGACAUCAUCAAGCGGGAAACGACAGGCACUGGCCCCAGCGUCUACCACGAGAACGACACCAUCGCCAAGUACGAGAUCAUGGACGGAGCUCCAGUCAGAGGCGAAUCCAUCCCCAUCCGGUUGUUUCUGGCCGGUUACGAUCUGACGCCCACCAUGAGGGACAUCAACAAGAAGUUCUCAGUGCGCUACUACCUGAACCUGGUGCUCAUCGACGAGGAGGAGAGACGCUACUUCAAACAGCAGGAAAUCACGCUGUGGAGGAAGGGGGAUGUGGUGAGGAAGAGCAUGUCCCACCAGGCGGCCAUCGCCUCCCAGCGGUACGAGGGCUCCGCUGCUUCAGAGAGCGCGCUGGAACAGAGUGCGAAGGAGGAGAGCGGGUAGAGCCGCUCGACAGGUGCUGCCCAACUGCGUAACAUCUGGUCCAGCAUCUGUGGUGGUCCGUGUGAGCUGCAGGUGAAGGGAAGUCAAAGGGAGACUGACACACACUGAAGAGUAUGUGAACAAUGGAAAAAAAACAAAACAGCUCGCAUGAAGCAUCCAAGCAGCUUCAGGCUGCUGCUUUUUACCUUCUUUUUUUUCGUGGGAAUCAAACUAAUCACCUGUUUUGUUGUCACUUUAGAUUGGUCUUUUUUCAUUUGUGAUUUUAUAACUCAAGUGCGUCCGCUGCGCUGCGUGUUGAAUUCAGUGGAAAAUGGAAGGUUUUUAAAUUCAUUUGUGUUUGUGUACUCCGGUCACAAAUAUUUAAAUUGAAAAUACCAAUUAAUAGAAGAAUAGAAUCUGUAUUAUUUGUCAAAUCUUGCGGUCAACACUGUCAAAAUGUAGCUCAAAUUACAUUCUCAAAUGUAGCUGGAUGAUGCACUUAAAAAUCAUUUCCCUCUGUAAUAAGCCAACGGUGCAUUCACUGACCUGAACUACAUUCACUCAGAUGGAUAUUGCACUUACUUUAGUGCAUGAAGGCCAGUCAUGAGGCUUCAUGAACCUGUGUCCUCAUUUUUAGAGCUCAGUAGGUGGCGCUCUCGGUUGAAAAUCUAUUGCUGAGAUCAUGGAAACAAUUGUUCAAGUUUGAAGAUUUUUGAGCAGAGAGCGACAUCUGGUGGCCUCCAAAAAUGUGGACACUGUUUCAUGAGGGCUCAGUAUACAAUUCCUACACUCUGGUGUAAAAUUUCUGAACUGGAAAAGCCUAAAAUAACUGGAACCCUGAACGCAGCAUUCAUUACACUAUUGCGAUCACUUGUUUUUUUCCUCUGGUUUUCUUUUCUCUUGUGAUUCUUUUAGAGAUUUUUUCAUUCUUCAUCGAAUGAUUGAAACACACUUACCUACAUUCCACACCUAACAAGCCCAUUCCCCACGUUGAUCAACAAACUAAAACGACUUGCACUGCUUCUUCUUCUUGUUUUCCGUGUUUGCACAGGAAGUGAAAACUGGACAGACCAAGUAUUAUCUGUUUCUAGACCUGUAAAUAACCACCACAGCUCUGUCCAGUGUUGAAUGACGCGGCCACCUUUCUCAUUCAGGCUUUACCUCAGCUUUCCGGUGGUGAUGUUGCGGGGCGUCCUUUUGAUGGUGACUAAAACUCUUGUGUGUGUCGUGGAGGAUGGAAUGGUGUGUCUCCGUGAACCCCUCCUGCCUCUAACAUGAUCUAGUCUUUUAACCAGAGAGAGUAGAAGUGUCUAUCUUUUGCAAAAAUGCUUAUUAAUGAAUCCAUGUCCCUGAAAAGUCUAAUAAAAAUGAUGCCAAAUUCAA